GAGGCGCCCAAGGAGGAGCCCAAGGCGGAGGAGAAGGCUCCAGAGGUGAAGGUGUCGGCCGCAGACGUGAAGGCCCUGCGGACGCGCUCGGGGGCCGGCAUCAUGGACACCAAGAAGGCCCUGGCGGCGAGCGACGGCGACAUGGAGAAGGCGAUGGAGUGGCUGAAGAAGAAGGGCAUGGCGAAGGCCGACAAGAAGGCCGGCAACAUCUCCGCGGAGGGCGCCAUCGCCUCUUACGUCCACUUCAACGCCAAGACCGGCGUGCUCGUGGAG